CAUCCCUCGUGAUGGGUGCAUCUCCAUGGUCCAGGGUGCAUCCCUCAAGCGAUGGGUGCUCCCCAGAGGGUUCCUCUGCUCACAGGUUGGAGGAUGCAGUGUGGCUGCGUGUCCCCAGCGUUGCCCAUCCCACCCGGCUCCUACUGGGUAUCAGCGUUGGUCUUUCCCAACUGGGCGUACAAGACCGAAUCCAGCCCUGGCUCCCGACAGAUCCAGUUAUGGCAUUUCAUCCUGGAGCUGCUGCAGAAGGAGGAGUUCCGUCACGUCAUCGCCUGGCAGCAGGGCGAGUACGGGGAGUUCGUCAUCAAGGACCCCGACGAGGUGGCGCGGCUGUGGGGCAGGAGGAAAUGCAAACCCCAGAUGAACUACGACAAACUCAGCCGCGCGCUCAGGUACUACUACAACAAGCGCAUCUUGCACAAGACCAAGGGCAAACGCUUCACCUAUCGGUUCAACUUCAACAAACUCUUCUUCCUCUACUGCCCAACGUGGGAUCCCCUUUGUCCCUCCUCGCUGUUGGGCGCCAGAUCCCCCGACGGACCCCCCCAGGCGGACAUUGCAGUGACGCCAAUAUCCACACCCAGGUAG